AUGAUGGAUGAUGUAUUAGACCAAAAUACAAACAACAACAACAAUAAUAAUAACGGCAGAUUGUCAAGAGUCAACACAGGAGGAUCAAGUUCAGGCAGUCUUAAAAGCCUGCUCAAUGACAAUGACUCAACAUCAUCAACAACAUCCAACAACAAUAACAACUCAAACAACAAUAACAACACAUCUACAUUGAGUGUCAAUUCGAAAGGAUCAGGUACUAGCUCAUCAUCAUCGUCAAAUUUCAAACGAAUCAAUUCGAUCACAUUGGGCGAACAUGGAAGUCUGGAGGAUCUGUUAAAGGGCAGCACAUAUCAGUUGUUGUCAGCGGGCAUGGGUGGCAACUCUUCGUCGUUGCUACGCGAUCGUUCAAGUAACAGCACACCACAUCGUAUUGAGCGCGUAAAGUCAAAGUCCAGCCUGGAGGACUUGAUGCUCGUGUCGGAGGACUGGCGCGUUGGCACGCCCAACCGAAUAACCAACAGCAACAGCAACAGCUUGGACGAUAUCUGGCGCGGCCUGACAUUCUCGCCGUACAAGAGCAACAACAUGCCCACAUCUUUGGCGACAGUGUCAGCGUCGACAUCUUUCCUCAACGACGAUUCGUCGGUGGUCGAUGUACAUGGGGGCGUGUCCACGCCGCCAUCCAUACUGAUGCAGAGUCCACACCUCUCCCCAGUGGUCCUAUCGGCAUCACAACAACAACACCAGCAACAACAACAACAACAUCAUCCAAUGCAACAACAUCCACAACAACAGCAAAUGUUUAUGCCUGGUCAUCCUCAACACUAUGGCCCCGCCGACGCAAUGUAUUUUAAUCCAGCACUCACAUUGAUCAAUAAGCAGCAACAGCAGAUGCAGCAGCAACAUCACCUCGUUGGUGCGAUGGGUGCGACUCCCAACGGGCUGGCCAAGGUUGCGGGCGGCGAUUCCUAUGCCUCGCAAUCAAAGAAGCAGACGAGGAAGCGCAAGCCGCGCAUUGGCGAAGCCGAGUUGUUGUGCCAUCAAUGUGGCGUCACCAACACACCAGAGUGGCGUCGUGGACCCAAUGGCGCCAAAACCCUGUGCAAUGCCUGUGGCCUUGCCUGGGCCAAAUCAGUCAAGAGUGAGAAACAGAAGGAGUUGCUGGCCUCCACCACUGGCAUGACUGUCAUCGAUCCAAAGAAGAGUCAGAAGCGCAAGAAGGAUGUGUCGGCGGGUGGUGGUGCGCUUGGCAGUGCAUCAUCCAAUGAUGACAAGAAGGCAAAUGCCAUUGGAGUUCAAUCAUCCUAUGAUGAUGGUGGAGACAACAACUCUGACGAAGAAGACGAGUCUGAUGAUGAGGAUGAUGAUGAAGAAGUACAGCCACAACAACAUCAACAACAGCAACAACAACAGCAACAGCAACAGUAUACCACUACAGAGCAACUCAUUCAUCAUCAUGGCAUACCUACAUCACACAUGACAAGCACACAGUCCACGGCUGGCGUACCAAUGAUUAUU